GGAUGCCCACCGGUCCUUAUAUACGCCGAUGAUCUAAAUGACUUCUUGAGAAAAUAUGUCGAUGAUCUAAAUGACGUCUUGAGAAAGAAGCAUGAUUCCGGAACAUACAAGAGCUUGGUUUUUUACUUGGAAGCUUGUGAAUCUGGGAGUAUAUUUGAAGGUCUUCUUGCACAAGAUUUGGGUAUAUACGUGACAACUGCAUCUAAUGCAUAUGAAAGUAGCUGGGGAACCUAUUGCUCUGGCCAGUACCCUUCUCCUCCCCCUGAAUACGAAACUUGCUUGGGUGAUCUCUAUAGUGUUGCCUGGAUGGAAGACAGGUCCACAUAA